AUGAGUUGGAGAGCGAAUCCUACGAGGAUUCAUUCCAAUGUCAAGCCUGUACUCAGAUGGAAAGUAUACCCGCUUCCCAUCCGAGCAUAUCGACGGGUCUCCCUCUUUGAUCGGCAAAUGGCCUGGUCGCGUCGAUGCUCAUCACAAUGGACGUCGAACCCGACAGUGUUCCCAACCUUCGAUUUGCGGCUGUUAGAUCCAUCCCUCAAAUAUGAAGAGCUUGCAACAAGGGGUGAUGUGUCCAAGGAGAUAUGCACAUAUUCGGUCGAGGAAGGAGAUGUGCUGAAUGACCGAUAUCACAUCCUACACCAAAUAGGCUGCGGCCCUACUUCAACUGUUUGGUUUGCUGUCGACAUGUUGGAUCCAAGAAUGGUCGUGUUGAAGAUCUACGUGGUGGACUAUAUGCUCAAUACAUAUGGAAGAAUUCACCCACCAAAGUUGUACAAUCAGCUCGAGUGCCCACUUUACGAAGUGAGCGAUCGAUUUACAAUGAAGGGCCCUCAAGGUUCUCAUAUUUGUGUUGUCCACGAGGCGCCCUCAAUGGACCCCGAACAAGUGCAUGCGGGGGACCACCAUGACCUCGGAUUGAUCAGAUCUACAAUGAAGCAAAUGCUCAUCAUGUUGGACUUUUUACAUACUGAUUGUUAUCUGACAGCUCGUAUAUCACCUAAUGAUCCUCCUGAUGGGCAGUCUGCUAAUUCUGUCGCAGGUAUAGACCCGAAUAAGCAUCUGGAUGCUAACACCGAUCGCGCACGGGUUGCUGGGCCCAGCAAUGGCCAGCCCAUUACCCCGAUCAUUCUUCCAGGCGAUGGUGUUCCCCUCACCUUCCAUUUUCCAGACGAGGACAAGUCCGACAUCGCCGAAAACCAUUCCAGGUCCCCGGAAGAGAUCCUAAAGUCGAAGGUAACCUACAAGACCGAUAUUUGGGCCAUUGGAAUGACUGCAUGGAGAUCUACCAAUUUCCAAGAGAUGAUCAACGGAAGGAACUCAAAUGGAGCCUUCGAUGACCGAGUUCACGUCGCAGAGCUGGUUGCUCUACUUGGUCCUCCUCCAGCAGCAUUCCGCGAGAAUGUGAGACUCGGGUCCAUGUUCUGGGACGGAGAGGGGAAUUGGACGGGCCAAGCUCCCAUACCAAACCGGAGCCUGGAGAGUCUGACAUCUAGCGAUGGUGCCAGCGAAGAGGCGGAGGGAUUCCUAAAGUGGAUAAAAAAUGCCCUGCAAUGGGAUCCUGACGACCGACCGACGGCACUCGGUCUGUUGCGCCAUGAUUGGAUGUCCCAGACGACCAAGCCUGUGAAGGGAGAAGACACAGAGGUAUCCAUAGAGGGCGGCUAA